AUGCGGAGACUGACGACGACACCUCUAACGAGGAUCCGUGUCGGAUUUAGAUUCAAAAAUACGGCAGCAUAUGAUAGCGCCAUCCAAUCCCUUAGACAGGACCUGAAAACCAGCAUUCGUAUGAAAGCAGACGUUUUUGAAAGAAACGUGAUCAAAAGCAUUCUGACUGAAGUCAAGAACCUCGAAGUCGCCAAUGCAGGAAAAGAUCAAGACGAAUUUCAGCUGUAUGAUCUACUGGCAAAGAUGGUCAAUCAGCGGAAGAAAACUGCUGAGGAGUACCUGAAGGAAGGAGCGCCUGACCGGUUUCAACAGAUGGGAUUGAAUGAGCUCAGAGAAAUUCCAUACAUCGAAAAGUAUAUGAAGGAGCUUCCAGUAGCUCCGGAAAGUGAGAUCGAGGCCAAAGUGGAAGCAAUUGCCAAGGAGUUGCAGAAAGAUGAAGGGCUUAGUAGUCCAAAAGCACUGUUUGGCAAAAUCCCUUGGAAAUCCAUCCAGGAAGACUGGCACGCAUCCAGAGCAGCAGUUUCGGCCGUUAUUCCCAAAGUUUACGAGAAACUGACGUAG